ACGGAGAUUGAGCAGGACUGCACGGCACGAGCCCAAGGCCGGCGCCGCUUGCAAGUUGGAAGUUGGAACCGAGCGACCCAAAUGGCGCCCCUGUCAACUGUCGAAUGGGACGCGGGGCGUCGUGACGUCGGAAGCUGCCGUGCGGCCGCAGUGUCGUUCGGUUCGGUUCCUCGCAACGAACCACGCCAGCGUGGCGGUCCGCCCCCCACCGCUCUUCCCUCCUCCGCCCUCACUGGCUCCCGACUAUUUCUAGCACCGCCGCGCCGGAUCGACACUUCUCAUGUCAUACCCCGGCUCCUCUGCUUCUCGGUUCCCGCCGUUCCAUGUCCGCCACAAGGUGCCCGCCACAAGACCGGCGGCAGAGGUUGUACCGAUCGCUCUGGCCCACGUCGCCGGCCGGACCAUCAACCACCGCGCGGAGCAUCAAGCAGCUGCCAUUCCAAAGCCCGUUGAAGCAUCGAAGGAUUUCCAGCCGUGAGCGUGUGCGGUGGCGGCGCGGCCGGGUCGCCGGGAUGGGCAAGAUGAACUGCUUCUCCGGCCUGCUCAGCGGCAAGAGCAAGGCAUUCAAGGGUGGCAACAAGGGCGCUUACGCCAAGAAGGCGGCCAGUGGUGGCAACGAUUGCCCCAAGGUGAAGCCGGUAGAGUUCGUAGACAUGGCGGGCACUGCUGUCGACGACUUCGUCGGCAGACGCGGCGGAGGCAGCGUUCAUGCGUCCGCAUGCAGCAGUAGCUUUGUCGUUCACGCAGCCACCGAGCUGCCACGCCAUGCCACUGCCGAGAACGGUGAAGACGAGGCCGCGGUUAACAAGGACUCAUCCUCCGCCGGCGCUGGCUCGCCCGGUUACAGCAUUGGCCGCAUGUCGCCAACGGCAUCGCCGAAGCUGACGCGCUCCUGCUCCAACAUGGAGACGGCGAGGUCUGUCCCCCCGCCAGGGUCCGACUCCGACCUGCCGGCGAGGUCACGCUCCCACAACGACCUGCUGAAGAACCUGCCCCCCGGAAGGCCGACGACCGCCCGCAGCGGCUUGAGCCCGACGGCGUCCUUCAGGUCCUCGUGCUCCGCCGACCGCGUCCUGCUGAAGAAACGGUCGUCGCGGCAGGUGCUCCCGUCCCGGAGCCGGAAGCUGUGGUGGCAGACGUUCCUCUGGAGCCACCGCAACCUGCACCGGCCGGGCGCGAGCGCGACCACUCCCACGCUGCCGUCUGCGUGGAAAGACGGCCGUCCCGUGCACCACGGGUACACGUCCGACACGCUGGGCACUGCCACCGCGGACGCCAAGAACAAGGGCGUCGUCGCGGUGGAGGAGGACCCCGUCCCGAACCAGUGGGUCGCGUUCUCCGCCGAGGCGUCUCCACUGGACCGGGUCAGCGCGUGGGUGAACAGCCUCGGGGACGCCUCGUUCCACGCCGUCGACGAGGAGGACGACGCCACGCUGCACGGCGCGCGACCGCGGCCCCGACCGAGACGCUCUGAGAUCGUGGAGCUGUGGACGGCCGGCGGCAAGAGGCAGCCACAGGCGAAGCGGCGCGCCGCGGACGAGGCCGCCCCCGCCCAGGCGAGCGGCGUCGUGCACACGCUCAACGCCUUCUCCUCCGUCGCGCACAUCGCCGGCAUGGGGCUCCGGACCGUCCCGAUGAUCGCCGCCUUCUCGACCCUCCGCGCCGUCAACCUGUCUGGAAACAUGAUUGUGCAAAUCACCGCUGGAUCGUUGCCCAAAGGCCUGCACUCACUGGACCUGUCGCGGAACAGCAUUGCAGUCAUCGAGGGGCUGCGGGAGCUGACGAGGCUGCGGGUGCUCAACCUCAGCUACAACCGGAUCUCAAGGAUCGGCCAUGGCCUGUCGAGCUGCACGGCCAUCAGGGAGCUGUACCUGGCCGGGAACAAGAUCAGCGACGUGGAGGGGCUCCACCGCCUGCUGAAGCUGGCCGUCCUGGACGUGAGCUUCAACAAGAUCAGCACGGCCAAGUCCCUGGGCCAGCUCGUGGCCAACUACGGCUCGCUGCGGGCGAUCAGCCUGCUGGGCAACCCGGUGCAGGCGAACACCGGCGAGGACACGCUCCGCAAGGCGGUGUCGGGCCUGCUCCCGCGGAUCGACUACCUGAACAAGCAGGCCGUGAAGCCGCAGCGCGCGCGCGAGGUGGCCAAGGACAGCGUCGCGCAGGCGGCGCUCGGGAACAACGCCGGGGGCAGCUCGCGGAGGCGGCUGGCGCGCCGCCUCAGCCAGAGCCCCGGCUCGUCGUCGGGCAAGGGCCGGGGCCGGGGCGGCAGGGAGGGGAACGGCAGCCGCAGGGGCAGCAGGAGCAGGUUCGUGGCCAGGCCCCAGAGCUCGAGCUACCAAGGAGAUGAGGCAAAACAUGACAACGGUGUUGGGCUUGAAGAGGGAGAAGAAACAAGUCCGUGCGUUUAAACUGCAAGAUGUUGUUAAUGAGCUCGAGUUUGACGCAUCUAUUGCUAGUUAGCGGUGUGUCUAAUUUAUCUUUGUAGUACCACCGUCGACGGAUUAGGUCUCCAAUGCAAAAAAAUGUUUAGCGUCUACCAUUUGAUUCGUUGAUCUUGUUUUCUUUCUCUGGAUGAUGAUGAUGACGAAGCGUAAAGAA